GUUUGAUAAUUGAGAUGGGUGACAGCAAUGUUCCAUCUGAGUCUUUAAAGAAAAAAUCAGAUCUUAUUGAUGGAGACUCAACAAUUUUUAUGGCUAAUAAUAGUAGCACCUCAUUAGAAACCAUUGUACAAAGUUUCCAAGAUUCAAUGUCUCUUGGUAAGAAACACAAGUUUUGGGAAACUCAACCUGUGGGGCAAUACAAGGAUGUUGGGGACCCUAGUUUACCUGAAGGCCCUAUUAAGCCCCCAACACCUUUGUCUAAGGUUAAGCAAGAGCCUUAUAACCUUCCUAAUGCUUAUGAGUGGACAACAUGUGACAUGGACUCUGAGGAAACUUGUGAUGAGGUUUAUGUUCUACUCAAGAAUAACUAUGUCGAGGAUGAUGAGAACAUGUUUAGGUUCAACUAUUCCAAAAAGUUUUUGAGUUGGGCAUUGCGUGUCCCUGGUUAUUACCGGAGUUGGCACAUUGGCGUGAGAGCAAAGACAUCAAAGAAAUUGGUUGCUUUCAUUAGUGGCGUCCCCGCUAGGAUUACGGUUAGUAAGGAUGUUAUGAAGAUGGCUGAGAUCAAUUUCUUGUGUGUUCAUAAAAAGUUGAGGUCCAAGAGGCUUGCCCCUGUUAUGAUCAAGGAAAUCACUAGGAGGGUUCAUUUGGAGAAUAUUUGGCAAGCAGCCUAUACAGCUGGGAUUGUUCUUCCAACACCAAUCACAAGUUGUCAAUAUUGGCAUCGAUCUUUGAAUCCUAAGAAGCUAAUUGAUGUUGGGUUCUCAAGGCUUGGUGCUAGGAUGACGAUGAGUCGAACUAUAAAACUUUACAAAUUGCCCAAUUCAACGGUUACUCCUGGAUUUAGGAAAAUGGAGUUACGGGAUGUCCCUGCUGUUACUCGACUACUUAGGAACUACUUGAACCAAUUUGUUGUUGCACCUGAUUUUGAUGAAAAUGAUGUUGAACAUUGGCUUCUUCCCAAUGAGAAUGUGGUGGAUAGUUUCUUAGUGGAGAGUCCAAAGACUCAUGAGGUCACAGACUUCUGUAGCUUCUAUACUCUUCCUUCUUCUAUCCUCGGAAAUCAAAAUCACUCAAUUUUGAAAGUUGCUUAUUCUUAUUAUAAUGUUUCCACCAAAACUCCACUAGCUCGGUUGAUGAAUGAUGUGCUAAUUAUGGCAAAACAAAAGGAUUUUGAUGUUUUCAAUGCUUUGGAUGUAAUGCACAAUGAGAAUUUCCUUAAAGAGCUCAAGUUUGGUCCUGGAGAUGGACAACUUCACUACUACUUGUACAAUUAUAGGAUUCAUAAUGCCUUGAAACCAUCUGAACUUGGGCUUGUUCUUUUGUAG